CGUGGAGAGCAGAACCUCGAGGUGCGCAGCGGCACGUGGCGCGCGGUCGUCUGCCGCGUCGCGAAGAAGGCGUCGCCCAUGGCUGGCGCGGGAGCUCGCAGGUGCACUUUGGUUGGCCGCCUAAUUUUAGCGCCAAGUUGAUCAUUCCAUGACUGACGGACAGCGCCACCCGAGUCCGAGGCGGCUAUAUGAGCACUGGGGCUGCCUCGCGAGCCCGAUCCACGACGACGACGUGGACGGCAUCAACCACGCGUUCAACGCCACCGACACGCGCGAGGCACUGCGACCGCUGUCGUUUUGGGACAACAAGGUGCCGGGCCCCGGGAGGUACCCCGUCGAGCGCAUCCAAACCGGCUUCAAACCGCCGCGCGCCGUGACGCCAUACAAGACGAACCAGUCGCGGAUCCAAAAGCCAGGUACCCCAGGGCCCGGUCAAUAUACGGCCAACCUCGGUGCGGUGUACACGACGCCGCCGUUCGACGACCUCUUGCGAAAAGCACCGCUCAAGGACUUGACGCCCCAGCGCAUACGCAUCAAGCUCAUUGAGCGCGAGAUCCACGAGAUCCAGUACCAUAAGAACCAAGUGCUGCAGUCACUGCCAAUCGAAAAACAAAAGGCGCUCGUGGCCGAGACGAAAACCAAGAUCCACACGCUUAUCGACGAAAAGGCCAAGCUCCUCGACGACGUUCGGCCCGCCACGACGGGCAAUCCGACGUUGCACCGGUCCAAGACUCUCGGCUUUCUCCAAGGCGAGCACCGGUUCUUUGACGCGCUCGACUGCUCCAACACCAAGUACGACACCCCGUCGCCGGGCUUCAACCAAGACCUCGCGGCCCAUUCGACGUUUAUCAAGUCGCCGGCGCUGCCCACGAUUCCGCGCGGCAAGCGAGAUACGAUCGUGCAGGUUCGACAACAAGUGUACAUCACAUCGCCGCUGCAGCCACAGACAGUGGCGCCGGGCCAUUACAUGCCUGGGCUCUGCAAGCCGCGAGCGCCCCAGUCACCGCAGGUCCCGCGCGAGAAGGCGCAACUGACACUGCGCCUCAUGAACCAAGCCACCAAGACAAAGCUGCCCGAGCGCAUGUACCUCAACGAGCUCGUCCAAGAACGGUCUCGGAAGCGCGCCGAGCAAAACAUGCUCCGCGACAUCAACGACGUGCGACGGCUCGACGAGUUUGCGGCGCCGACGCUGCCCGCGUCAUCGUAGGAGGCUGCUUAUAAUCUUAUAAUCCACACUGCUGAGACUCGUA